UUUUCGCAUUUUUUCGUGAGUUUGUCGCUACUGGUUAUACUGUGGUGUGCUGCUGGCAUUUUUAAUGCUUGGUGGUAAUAGGAGUGACAAUAACAUAAGCUAUUGUUUCUCGUUGGAAGGUGUACACACAGAAACUCUAAAUAUUUCAUCAAAAUGUUUAACGGCAAAAAUUCCACCAAUACAAGAUCUCCCAGGGAACGUAAAAGCUGCUUAAAGCAUGCCUUACAACAAACUAAAGUUUUACAAGAGGUGAUCAAUGAUUCCACGAUAAAUAAAUUGGAUGAAGCCAUAAACUUAGUUGACAAUGUUACUUAUGAAACAAGUAUACAAGAAAAAGUUUCUAAUCAACAGGAAGUUCUUAUUGAUUCACAAAUGAUGACAUCAUCUUCUAAAGUUCUAAAAACCUGUACUGUUUCACUGACGAAGAGAAUGCGUGACUAUGAUCAUAUCGACUUUUCACGAAAAUUGGUAAAAUAUUUGCAAGAAACAUCGGAAGAAUCACAGUCUCCAAACUGGUCACUUUUAGAAAGACGAGUAACAAAAUUGUUCAAAAGGAUUGCUAAUAGUAGCACAUUAUUAGGUACAUUGGAUCCUUUGGAGAAGAAGACAAUAGUUAGGAAAAAACCUGAACAGAAAAUAGCAUCGCAAGUUGCACAGUUGACAAUACCUGAUAAACUGGUGCCAAAUGCAAAUACGAAGGAUGAAGACAGUGUGGAACGUACUGUGAGGAAGAUUAAAAAGUUAAUCACAUGUCAUUGUAAGGAAACAGGGAAACCACUUGAUUUUUUUCAACUGAUUCUGCAUCCCGAUGAUUUCGGAAGAACUAUUAGAAAUAUGUUGUACGUAUCGUUUCUCGUAAAAGAUGGAGUAGUGAAAUUGAGAAAAGAUCAUAUAAAUCUUGUUGUGGAACCAUGUCACAAGGAAGUAAAUUCACAAGAAAAACAAUCUACCAAUAGAAUGGGCACUCAGAAUGUUAUAUCAUUAAACAUGGAACAAUGGAGAAUAUUAAAAAAGGCAUACCGAAUGGAACAACCAAUGAUUAAUUUUGACGAAGAAAAUUGAUUAUGAACAUGUUUUCGUCCUACCAAUACAAAA